AUGGUAACCAAAAAUCAGGUGCUUGGGGCUAACCCUCCGUUUGCAGUUUUUGAAGGUUUUAUUAAAAGAAUAUGGGGUAAACUUGGCAUUGAGAGAAUUGCUAGGUUGAAUAAUGGGUUCACACUUGUUAAUUUUCGAGAUGAAGUCACUAGGGAUCUGGUUUUGGAAGCUGGGGUUCUCCAUUUUGAUAGGAAACCAGUGAUAGUAAAGCCAUGGUCUACUGAUUUGGACACUUUGAAGGCAGUGAAGUCAGUCCCGAUCUGGAUUAGAUUGCCAGGUCUUGGAUUGCAAUAUUGGGGUACUAAAUGCUUGAGUGCUCUUAUGAGCACAAUUGGGGUACCGAUCUUGGUCGAUAAGGUUACGAAGGAUAGAUCUAUGAUGCAAUUCGCUAGAGUUUUAGUGGAGAUAGAACUUUCGGAGGAUCUCCCUAAAUCGGUUCAAUUUCUCAAUGAGAAAGGGCAGUUAGUGGAGCAAUUUCUAGAGUUUGAGUGGCUUCCUACCCAAUGCAGGGGGUGUAAAGUGUAUGGUCACACUGAAAGUAUGUGUAACAAGAAGCCAGCUGAGAUUUGGAGACCAAAAACCAGAUUAGGGAAGGAUGAGGUCGGGCAAGGCCCUAAGGUUCUCCAGGUUGUUUCAGAGGUCAUAGAGGCAGGGAUUCCUGACACUGGGCCUUGUGAUGUCGUCAAUGGGAAUAAUGAAAGUGAGACUCUUACUGUGAAUAAUAAGGAGAUGGAUAUGCCCCAGGAGAGUUCAAAAUAUGCUCCUGUUUUGUCUGGUGUAAACCAAACUCGGACACAAGUCAAUAAGACCAAUGAAGGUGUUAAUUCGGACUGGAUUACCCCUAAACGGGUUGGUGGGAACAAAAAGGCCAUCCAGAGGGCAAAGAACAUUUCGACAAAUUCUUAUAGUGCUUUGCAAGAAAAGGUUUUGGAGGUAGCAAAUUUGGGACUAACUUCAACCAAUUUGUUGCAUGGAGAAUCACAACAUCCUUAG